CUGUAUAUACUCCCAAACUUCCGGAAAAACAUCCCGACUAUGUGUUUGUCAUUAACACAAGGCGCCUGCCGUCAUGAGAAUAUAUAUAAUAUUCUGAUUUUUAACUAAUUAUUGAUAUUUCUUUGAGUGUUUGAUUCGGUGCUCAUAUUUCACAACAUGUCUGUCAUUCUCACUUUGACAGACACUCAUAACCAUACAGAGAAAGCACAAGACAGUCAGAAAGAGGUGCUUGACCAAGAUGGGGAAGAAGAGGAAGAGGCCAGGGAAGCAGAUCUUGUGGUCUUUGAGAACACAUCCCAAGGAUUAGGUCUAAAGAUCUGUGGAGGCUUUAGUGUGGAUGGCAAGCAGCAGGAUGGAAUUUUCGUAAAACGUAUUCUUCCAGGAGGACUUGCUGAAAUACAAGGUGGUCUUGAGGAGGGAGACCUGAUUUUAGAUGUAAAUGGAGAGAGCAUGGAAGGCAUCACCUAUGACAGAGCAUUAUCAAUUCUACGGCAAGCUUCCGCCUCAAAUCGUGUGGAGAUGGUAAUAACACGGGAUAAUGAGGCUAGAGAAGCUUUUCUAGAACUGAUGGAUCAACAUAGACUGUCUCAGACAUCACACAAUAAAGCUGUCAGCCAGCAUGCUACAUUGAACUUAAAUGGAGAAAAUGGUUUGAGCCAAGAUGCUUUGGAAGCAUUGCACUUGCACAUGGAGGAAUUUUACAAGCAUACAGCCAUCCUUGCGGUUGAUCAUUCCUUGGACUUUUCACCUGGUCAGAUUCAAGAUCAUUCAGACUCCAUGCAUUCACCUUAUACAGCAGAUCUACUACAGCCUGCAUCAGAUUCUCACAGCAGUCAUGAGAGCCCUGCUUCCACUUGUGCCAGUGAGUUAGCUGGACAUUUACUUUAUCCUGGCCAAGUAACUGAGGACCAUGAUGAACAGAACCCUGAUGGAAAAGAUAUUAAUUUCAAGUCAAUUCAUUCAGUUCUGUCAGGUAGACUGUCUACAAACCCUGUCAAACCUACUUCUCGAUUUCCAGUUCAUAAAUUAGAGAUGGCUCUUCUGACCCUGGGAUUUGUAGUGAAGCCACAGGAAGGAAUAGAGCUGAGGCAACAUCUACAUGUAGAUGACCAUGGGCUAGUCAGUUUUGAAGACUUUGUAGAUGCUGUGAAGCUGGUUUUCUAUGAUGAACUGAUGGUUCGCAAUGGAAACUUGCCCACCACACCUCAGCUUUUCAGUGAUGUUGACAGACUGUCGCCAGUGAAGCAGAUGAACAACUAUGCUGAACCAAAAGUUGCUGAUACACAUGGAAAUGAUAGUGAAAUUCUCCACAACAGAUUGAAGCCUUAAAGGAGGAAUUGCAGGCUAAAGACCAGCUGUGUAAAAAGACAGAAGAGCAGGUGUUAAGUCUCAGGAAGGAGUCACAAGCUGCUGUGGAAGAAUGCAGGUCAUUGCGGACAAAGUUGCGACUUGCAGAAGAAUCACAGGAGGCAGCUCGUAAG